AUGAAAGGAUGGAAAGUGAAAGGGAAGAAAGAAGCAGAGAAGAAAAAGGGAGGAUACUACAACUACAACUAUGCUGUGCUGCAUAAGAAGAACCAAACCGGUGGAGAAAAAUGAGGAGGCGGACCAGAAGAUUGAGCAGGAUGGCACCACCAACAAACCCGAGGACAAGGCCCACAAGGCGGCUACCAAAAUACAGGCCAGCUUCCGUGGACACAUAACUCGGAAAAAGAUGAAAGAUGGAGAGGAAGAGAAGGAAGGUGACAGUCCUGCAGCUGCAGAGGAGGCGAAAGAGGGAGGAGAGGAGGUAAAGAAGGCAGAGGGAGAGGAGGCACCUGCUCAGCAGGAGGAAGGUGCAGGCGAGGAGGCCAAGAAAGAGGAGGAGACGAGCCAAGCCAAAAGCCCCGUGGCAGACAAGCCCGCUAACUCUCCAGCGGCUGCAGCAACGUCUCCUGUAGCGGCGGCCCCGGCCGCUGCCUCUCCCACGGCCGCCGCCGCUCCCUCUGAACCCCAGAAAGAGGAGCCAAAGGUGGAGGAGAAAGCCGAGGAGAAGCCCAAAGAAGUGGAGGCUCCGGCGGCGGCGGCCAAGAGUCCCACCACGGCCACGGCCGAGGAGAAGAAGGAGGAGGAGAAGAGUGAGGAGAAGAAGGAGGAGGCCAGACAAGCCGAUGUGCCUGCUGUCAGUCCGACAGCUGAGAAGGAGGAGCCCAACCAAACAAAAGAUGCUGCAGAAGAGUCUAAAGCGGAGGAGGCCGCCCCAGCUGACGCGGCGGCAGAGACCACCGAGUCCAAGGAUGACUAAGGCGAAAUCCUCUGGCCCUAACGAAAGCAGAAUCAAGAGUACGAAGAAUACCACGAAAACAAAAAUCUAAAAAGGUUGCUCUCUGCCUUCCCAAUGUGAGGGCAGUCCGUUUCUAUUUGUUUGUCAUUUUUUGUGUGGCAAUGAUUUUCUCAUGUUGGGGGGAGUUUCCAGCGUGAAGUUUUUUGGCUCAAGCUAAUACAACUAGGACCAGAUGAUGAUGAUGAUGAUGAUGAUGAUGAUGAUGAUGUUGACGAUGACAAUGAUGAUGGUGAUUAUAACACAAAUGAUUGUUAUCUUACGGAUGAAGAUAGUGGUGGUGGUGGUGGUGGUGGUGGUGAAGAUGAAGAGGUGGAAAAUUUCUUUAGGUACAUCUUCACUUGUAAGUGAAACAGUGGUAGAAGUGAAGCCCCCCAACUGGACAUUCACACAUUUAAUGCAUUGCCAAUGCACUGUAUUGUAUUUGCAUUGUAAUGCACUUUCGUUCAACACUUUUUGCAAAAAAUAGAAAAAUAAAAAAACCCCGUUCUGCAGACGCACGCACAAAAAACUUGCAGGUUUUAAAAUGCAACUCCAGUUUUCAGCACCUUACAAGUGCGUUGAGAACACAACAAACAGAUAAUACGCUGACACAUUGGAUGGAUACCAGAAUGUAUAAUUAAAUGUGCGACUUGUCCAGUUGGGUAGCUUUAUCCUAGAUUUAAAAACUACACACAGGAUGAGACUAUUACUCUCUGUACUCUGCUUGAGUCAUUCAAGCUCGGUUUACACCCCUUUUUACAAACUCUGUUUCCUCACAUUCACAGUAAAGGACCUGUUGCCAUUUCAAUGACAUGUUCAUAUAAUAAAUUAUAGAAAUCAACUAUAGUAUUGAUGUAACUGGCUCUUACAUAUAACAAUUUGUGUUCUGCCAACCAAACGUGAGAACAGUAGCAUGAACCAUCGAACCAGAUGCAUGAUGGGAACUCUCCCUCUGAGAGGAACUUUUUCCGCAGUCACAAAAACUUAAGAGGUGUGGCGGCUUCUUUUUGAUGUCUUUGGUGUUGUUAUGACAGUUUAUAUGAAUUGGAAAAAUACUCUUCUUGCACUGAUGUUACCAAUUAUAAAAAAAAAAGUUAAAAAAGCAAAAAUCAAACGAGCAAAUGAAGAAAAAAAACAAAAAAAACAAUAAAAACUUUUCCUAUGUUCCAGUGAGUGCAAUGUCCAGUUUCAACCUUAUCAAGGAGUUCAAACUUGUGAGAAAAAAAAA